AUUUUUAAAAGAAAUUAGCACUAGGGAAGAUGACUGUAGUCUACAGGGAGCAGAUGUUGAGGUAUCCUUUUAAAAGGUAUCCCAAAUUAAUAUUUAGCUCAUGUGGUACAAUGUCACUGUAGUUCAAGUCGUAUACUGGUGACAUUUUUUUGAGCUCAGAGGCAGUAUCUAUUUAUCUUAGCAGGGAACGUGAUCCUUGGAUCUUCAGGAUGGCUGCUUAUGUCUUUGUAACAUGCAGUUCCCCAGGCUGAGAGAAACAGCAGUCCCAGAUUUCUACCAUUCCAGUGUCAGUUUUGAAAUGAUUCCCUGCCACCUUCAGGGUAUUGCUCAUACAUUUCUAGUUUGGGUUUUUUUGGUGGUGUGAUAGAACAUGAAGUUCGCUCUAAAUGUAGCUGUUUAAAGCACAUGCACACACUUCAAUUUUCUUCUGUCCCACGGCAUUCCUAUUCUUAGGGUAGCCAGCAUCGAGGGUAUCUUCCAUCAGGCAUUAUGGCAGCCACAUAGAGAGUGUACAUCAUGACUGAUUUAACCAGGCAGAGCCUUGUAAUCUGCUUUUUCCUCUUCGUGCUUUGGAGCUGGCCAGUGAUAAGCGGGUGUGGGUGUGAACGAGUUAAAUUGUGCUAUAGAGGAAGAAGGGCUGCUAAAGAUAAGCGGGGUCCUGCAUUACUUUAAAGCACCUAAUAAGAGAUCCUGGUUAACAGUUUGUGGUAGGAAAUUGCACCACUGACGAAGUACUAACUGGAAAAUCCAGUCCUCUCCCUUCCCCUUCCAGCUCAGUCCUGCCUCAGCGGAAGUGACCACAGCUGACGGGCGAAGGGAAGGAUACAUGACUUGCUGAAAAGAGAGAAAAUGCUAUGCUGGGGCUACUCGUCUUACGGACAACCUGGGAUAGGUAGCAACCUCCAGGUCAUCAUUCCUGAACCACAGGUAUAUGGGUUCAUCCAUGAUAGAAAUGUCAAGGAGGUGGCGUGUGGAGGAAACCACUCUGUGUUCCUGUUGGAAGAUGGAGAGGUGUAUACCUGUGGCUUGAACACCAAAGGUCAACUGGGGCAUGACUGUGAAGGAAGCAAGCCAGAGCAAAUCGGGGCUCUGGCCGGGCAGCACAUUGUGCAUGUGGCCUGUGGGGAGUCGCACAGCGUGGCCCUCAGCGACCAGGGCCAGCUCUUCUCCUGGGGCGCCGGCAGCGACGGACAGCUGGGGCUCACCACUAUGGAAGAUGCAGUGACAGUACCAAGGUUGAUAAAGAAGUUGAACCAACAGACGAUACUGCAGGUUUCCUGUGGAAAUUGGCAUUGUCUGGCUCUGGCAGCAGAUGGCCAGUUCUUCACAUGGGGGCAGAACAGCUAUGGUCAGCUGGGCUUGGGCAAAGAAUGUCCCUCCCAAGCCAGUCCACAGCGUGUCAAGUCUCUUGAUGGGAUCCCUUUGGCUCAGGUUGCUGCAGGUGGAGCCCACAGUUUUGCCCUGUCUCUCUCAGGGGCUGUGUUUGGCUGGGGAAAGAACAGCUCAGGACAGCUGGGACUAAGUGAUGAACGAGACAGAGAGUCCCCCUGUCACGUGAAGCUGCUGCGGUCUCAGAAGGUUGUUUACAUCAGCUGUGGAGAGGAACACACAGCAGUCCUGACAAAGAGUGGAGGGGUGUUCACCUUCGGUGCAGGUUCCUGUGGGCAGCUGGGCCAUGACUCCAUGAAUGAUGAGGUGAACCCCCGAAGAGUUCUCGAGCUGAUGGGCAGUGAAGUAUCCCAGAUUGCUUGUGGCAGACAUCACACUUUAGCCUUUGUGCCUUCUUCAGGAAUGAUCUAUGCAUUUGGCUGUGGAACAAGAGGCCAGCUGGGAACAGGACACACUUGCAAUGUAAAGUGUCCCUCUCCUGUCAAGGGUCACUGGGCAGCUCAUAAUGGGCAACUCUCAGGGAAACCUGACGCCUGUAAAUACCACAUUGUUAAACAUAUCUUCUCUGGAGGAGACCAAACAUUUGUGCUUUGCUCCAAAUACGAGAAUUCCUUGCCUGCUGAUGAUUUCCGGACCAUAAAUGAAACACGUUACACCUGUUUAAUAAAUGAUGAAACUAUAGAUGUCUGGAGGCAAAAGCUUUUAGAAAAGAACAGUUCUAAUUCUGUCAAUAAUGUUGUUCAGAUACUGUCCUCAGCUGCCUGCUGGAAUGGAAGCUUCUUGGAGAAGAAAAUUGAUGAACAUUUUAAAACCAGUCCAAAGAUCCCAGGGAUUGAUCUGAACUCCACAAGAGUGCUGUUUGAGAAGCUGAUGAACUCUCAGCACUCCAUUCUCCUGGAACAGAUACUGAAGAGCUUUGAAAGCUUUUUGAUUCCUCAGCUGUCCAGCUCUCCACCAGAUGUUGAGGCAAUGAGGAUCUAUCUGAUUCUCCCAGAAUUCCCACCAUUCCAAGACUCCAAGUAUUACAUCUCUCUGACACUUCCUUUAGCAAUGGCUAUUUUGCGCUUGGAUACCAACCCCAGCAAAGUUCUUGAUAACUGGUGGUCGCAGGUGUGCCCAAGAUACUUCCUCAGGCUUGUGGACCUCUAUAAAGGUGCGGUGGUUUACCUCCUCAGUGGAAGGAAGACGCUGCUGAUCCCAGUCCUGUUCAGCAGCUACAUUACAGCUGCUCUCAGGCUUCUGGAGAAACUCCACAAGGUGAAUCAGAAGGUUAAACAUGUGGAAUAUGAUAAGUUUUAUAUCCCUGAGAUUUCCAGUUUGGUGGACAUUCAGGAGGAUUAUCUCAUGUGGUUUUUGCACCAGGCUGGAAUGAAAGUAAGGCCAUCCAUCAUGCAGGAUGCUGUGACUCUCUGCUCUUACCCUUUCAUCUUCGAUGCUCAAGCUAAGACCAAGAUGUUACAGACAGAUGCAGAAUUACAGAUGCAGGUUGCAAUAAAUGGUGCAAAUUUGCAGAAUGUCUUCAUGCUUCUCACCCUGGAGCCUCUGCUGGCCAGAAGCCCUUUCCUGGUACUUCAUGUUCGCAGGAGUAAUUUAGUUGGUGAUGCUUUAAGGGAGUUGAGCAUCCAUUCAGACAUUGAUUUGAAAAAACCUCUCAAAGUCAUCUUUGAUGGUGAAGAAGCUGUUGAUGCUGGAGGAGUGACGAAGGAAUUUUUCCUCCUGUUGUUAAAAGAGCUACUUAACCCUAUUUAUGGCAUGUUCACUUACUACCCAGAGUCAAACCUGCUGUGGUUUUCAGACACGUGUUUUGUAGAACACAACUGGUUUCAUUUGAUUGGCAUCAUAUGUGGUCUUGCAAUCUACAAUUUCACAGUGGUAGACCUUCACUUUCCCUUGGCUCUGUACAAAAAACUCUUGAAUGUGAAGCCCUGCCUAGAGGAUUUGAAGGAGCUGUCCCCUACAGAAGGAAGAAGUCUCCAGCAACUUCUAGAUUACCCUGGGGAAGAUGUGGAGGAGACAUUCUGUUUGAAUUUUACAAUCUGCAGGGAAAGCUAUGGUGUAACAGAGCAGAAGAACCUGAUCGAAGAUGGAGAUAAAAUCCUGGUGCAGAAGGACAACAGGGAAGAAUUUGUUGAAGCCUACGUAAAUUACAUCUUCAACCUCUCCAUCCAAGAGUGGUACACGGCCUUUUCUACUGGCUUCCUGAAAGUGUGUGGUGGGAAGGUCCUGGAACUCUUCCAGCCCACUGAGCUCAGGGCCAUGAUAGUUGGAAACAGUAACUACAACUGGGAGGAACUGGAGGAGAGCGCUGUCUAUAAGGGAGACUACACUGCCACACACCCAACUGUGAGAAUGUUCUGGGAGACGUUCCAUGCAUUUCCCUUGGAAAAGAAGAAGAAAUUCCUCUUGUUCCUGACGGGCAGCGACCGCAUUCCCAUCUACGGCAUGUCCAGCCUGCGCAUCAUCAUCCAGUCCACGCCCAGUGGGGAGCAGUACCUGCCCGUGGCUCACACCUGCUACAACCUGCUGGACCUGCCCAAGUACAGCAGCAAGGAGAUCCUCAGCGCCCGCCUCAUGCAGGCCAUUGACCACUAUGAGGGCUUCAGCUUGGCCUGACCCCGCGGGGCCAGCACAGACUCUUGGUGCUGAGCAAGAGAACGAUGGGCUUGGGCUUUAUUUUUGUAAGGGAAUAGGUAUCAACUUUUUCUUUUUUUUUUUUUUUUUGGGGGGGGUGGUGUUAAAUAUAAAUAAUAAUAAUAAUAGAGAUGAUGCAGUCUCAGCCUGAUGCUGCCAGCAUUUUGUGGGGCUUCAGCAGGGAGAGGCUCUUGCUAUGAAUUUUCUCAUCUACUGAACAAGACCAGUUCAGUGGGCAUUUCCCCUCCAACUUUACAUCACUGCCCUCCUGGCAAUUCCUUGUAGUUUGCUUUUAUUGCCCCCAUACACACACACUCUUACCUCUUCUUUUAAUUCAGUUGAAAUAUCUUGAUGUCCCUUGCAUUUAAGAUAUGGUGGAAAUUAAGGAUGAAACAGCAAUCUCCUCUUUGAAAAGCUGUGAUUUCCCCCCACUCCUUUUUCAGCCCUUUUUAAAUGCAAGCUGGUUCUUGCUUGCUUUGAAUGGAAAUAUCUCCUCUGCCCUUUGGUCCUUGGUGGAUGGUACUGGGCUGGGAUGUCAUUUGUGACCCCAAAGUGGUGCAUUAGUGAUGUUCUGUCUUUUUGCACCAGGAUGUCUCAUGGAAAAUAUGGUAGUUUACAGAGGUCAGCUUGUUUUUCCUCACUUGUCUUGGAUUUUAUUUUCAAGCUUCUCAAUGAAGCCUCAGAAUCCCUCUGUACUGGGGUUUGUGUUCAGGCUUGUGGAAGGACAAGCUCUACCUAUAAUAGCAGGUUUCUCUAAAUGCCUCCCUCGUGAUGUGUUUCUGUCCUGGCAAGUCUGCAGUCUGGGUGGGUGGCCAGCCCUCUUUUUCCAUCCCAGCAGUCCUGUUACUCCAAUACAAGGUGAGGUGGCUGCUUUUACUGCUGUCACCUCCGUCCAGAGGAGCUGUGUGUGUGGAUGUGUGAGUGCAGGGGAGUGUGAGUGUGGGAGGUGUGUACAAUCUCUCCAGUCUCGUCAGGUCAAAGAAAGGAGUAGAAGAUCCCCGUCUUGAGUGAUAGCCCCCUGUCUGGAGAUUGGUUUGAUCUUUGCAGUUAGACUUACUUUACUUUGCUGUUUGAGAACAGCUCUCUCUCACUUGGCAGCUGCUUUGCCAGGGGGCCUGAAGGACAAUCUGUAUAAAUUAGACUGGAAACAUAGAAAAAUCACAACCUAAAUCUAUGAUUGGAGAGCUUUUGUCCUCUUUUCCUCAGUCUCACUGCCUCGUUAAGUGAAGUUUGAAUGAUUUUUCUCCCUUCUCUCCUGCCAUUUUUCUGAUCUUGAUGUAAAUCUCAUUUUAAGCCUAGGAUGGUUUUGACAUUGACUUGUUAUUAGGACAUAGUAUUUAUGCACCAUGUUCAAUUUACAGUAUUGAACUUUGCACCUCGUAACAAAAGGUUUUAGGCUUCUGGGUUUUUUUGGUUUUUGUUUUUAAAGACAAGCUGUGGGCUACGUGGAGAGCCCCCCAGCCUCUUUCUAAUGCAGCAUUGAAGACAAAUAUACAAUUAUAUCAAAUGUUUAUUUUCGAUGUGUGUGUACAUAGUACAGUAUUAUGCAAUAAAUUUGAUGUUUAAUUCUGAUGGA